GGUUGCAUCCCUUCGCCUGCGGGUGGGGGGACGGGUCCUGACUGUUGUUUGUGCAUAUGCACCAAACAGCAGCUCAGCAUACCCACCCUUUUUGGAGUCCUUGGAGGGUGUGCUGGAGAGUACUCCUGCUGGGGACUCCCUUGUUCUACUGGGGGACUUCAAUGCUCACGUGGUCAAUGACAGUGAGACCUGGAGGGGCGUGAUUGGGAGGAACGGCCCCCCCGAUCAGAACUCGAGUGGUGUUUUGUUAUUGGACUUCUGUGCUCGUCACGGACUGUCCAUAACGAACACCUUGUUCAAACAUAAGGGUGUCCACAUGUGCACUUGGCACCAGGACACCCUAGGCCGUAGUUCCAUGAUCGACCUUGUGGUCGUGUCAUCGGAUUUGCGGCCGCAUGUUCUGGACACUCGGGUGAAGAGAGGGGCGGAGCUGUCAACUGAUCACCACCUGGUGGUGAGUAGGCUCCGAUGGUGGGGGAAGAUGCCGGUCCGUCCUGGCAGACCCAAACGUAUAGUGAGGGUUUGUUGGGAGCGUCUGGCGGAAUCUCCUGUCAGAAGGAGUUUCAACUCCCACCUCCGACAGAGCUUUUCCCAUGUUCCGGGGGAGGCGGGGGACAUUGAGCCCGAGUGGACCAUGUUCCGUGCCUCUAUUGUUGAGGCGGCCAAUCUGAGUUGUGGCCGUAAGGUGGUUGGUGCCUGUCGUGGCGGCAACCCCCGUACUCGCUUGUGGACACCAGCAGUAAGGGAUGCCGUCAAGCUGAAGAAGGAGUCCUAUCGAGCCUUUAUGGCCUGUGGGACCCCAGAGGCAGCUGACGGGUAUCAACUGGCCAAGCGGAACGCAGCUUUGGUGGUCGCCGAGGCAAAAACCAGAGCAUGGGAAGAGUUCGGUGAGGCCAUGGAAGCCGACUUCCGAACGGCUUUGAGGAAAUUCUGGUCCACCAUCCGACGUCUCAGGAGGGGGAAGCAGUGCACCACUAACACUGUGUACAGUGGGGAUGGGGCGCUGCUGACUUCAACUCGGGACGUUGUGAACCAGUGGGCAGAAUACUUCGAAGACCUCCUCAACUCCACCAACACGCCUUCCUUGGAGGAAGCAGAGCCUGGGGACUCUGAGGUGGGCUCUCCUAUCUCUGUGGUUGAAGUCACCGAUGUGGUUAAAAAGCUCCUCGGUAGCAAGGCCCCAGGGGUGGAUGAGAUCCGCCCGGAGUUCCUCAAGGCUCUGGAUGUUGUGGGGCUGUCCUGGUUGACACGCCUCUGCAACAUCGCGUGGUCAACAGGGAGAGUGCCUCUGGAUUGGCAGACCGGGGAGUUCUGUGGAGUGUGCUUCGUGGGUAUGGAGUACCGAACCCCCUGUCUCGGAGUUGUUUGUUCCUUUGUUGUUUGUUCACAACCCCCCACCCCCAUAGAAUUUAUUUUGUGAUUUCCUCUCUUGAUUUUCAGUUUGGUGCAUUAGUGUUUGCUUUUCUGAGUGUCAUUGAAGUCAUCGUUCAUUUACGUUUUCUUGGGUGGUCACUCUCGAGCAGAAGGCAUGGAAACCGGGAAGGAGAAGGACGUGCCGGUCUAGUAGUCGCUUGAGUUGUGUAUAUACAGUACGUUUUAAAAAGAACCAACACGACAGCUCGUUUGUUUUCUGUCGUUUUGCUCCGCUGCAGAAACUGCCGUGUGAAGCGGCUUUGUACGUGUGAACGCUCCACACAAUUUGCUGCGGUGCAAAAUAUAUCGCAACAAAAUAUAUCGUUGCAGCGCCGGAGCAAAUGUGUGCCGUGUGAACGGCCCUUUAGUCAAUCAGUUCCUACAACAGCAAAUCGCAACCGGCCCCUUGCUAGGUUCUGAUAACCUUCAAUCUUGGCGCCAGCCUCCCUGUAUGGAGUUUGCAUGUUCUCCCCGGGCCUGUGUGGGUUUUCUCCAGGUACUCUGGUUUCCUCCCACAUUCCAAAAACAUGCAUGAAAGAAUAAUAGAACACUCUAAAUUGUCCCUAGAUGUGAGUGUCAGUAUGGAUGGUUGUUCAUCCAUGCAUGUCCUUUUAGAACAGCUUUUCACAUGGCUACACUGUAAAAAUGAACUUUUGGUUUGAAAAAAAAAAGAUGUCUACAUUAGAGAUUGUGCAGGACAACUGCGUCUUUGUCAGUGGCUAAGUACCCACUCGUUGAUGAGUACUUAAGAAUGCAAUGGACAGUAAUUAGGGUGUGACACAUAUUUGGUUUCUGGGGGGGCGGGGGGGGGACAAAGUGGAGACUCGCUUCGUUGACGCAAAGUUUCACAUCAAGGUGAGGGGCCUGAAAUUAGCGUCUUGUAGCCCGUGAGUGUGAGACCCCUGUAUUAAAUUAAGAAACAUUUCACAUCUUUUUGGAAAGGCAGGUUGGAAAUAUAGGUUGUUAUUUCAGUAUUAUUGGAUGACUACAUUGAUAAACUACAACUUGAGCCCUUCUGACAGUUUCGUGGUAUAUUGGUUUCAAUGGCAGCACUGUUAAAUGCUGGAUGCGGAAGGGAGCCGGUCACCUUGUUGAAGUGAAGUUGUAGUCUUGGAAGUAGGAAAAAUGGACAAACAUAAAUAUGGAACACCUUUGACAAUAUCCCAAACUGUAAUAACCGAAGCAGAGCAUUGCAUACACAGUGUAGGUGUUUUAUUUGUUUUAAUUUCUUUGAUUGAUAAAUUAAUAACUAAAGUGUUUUGAAAUGUUGUUACAAUACUUUAUGUAGUUUAGGAAUUUGUGUGAAUUUCUGAUUAUGUUAUAUGAAACGUUAAAGUGAGAAGACCAUGAAAGGGUUAAUCAUGUUUAAGUAGAGUUUUCGCUCCGAAGUUGCUGCUCUGCCCAUC